AUGCCAAAAGGACAGGCAAACGCCACAGAAGUGAUUGGUGGUUGGCCAAUGAAAAAAAAGAAGGAGUCUACUACGGAAACCUUGUACCAUUGCAUCCACAGGUAUAUUUCUCUAUUUCACCACAACAAGAACAAAAAAGAUAACUUCAGAGGACGUAAAUUAGGCUGCCACGCAUCAUUCGCAGUAGACAAGUCAAAUGGAACUCUUCGAGUCAUUCGAGAUCACUCUCGACACGAAGAAGAUGAAGUUGAGACUCAGGUAAGCUUCUUUCGUACAUUUAGAAUCGGAAUAGCAUGAUUGUUUUAGAUGGAACUGGUAAAAUCGGAACUCCGGGAGAACGCCAAAACGUCCACACAUACUUCACGAGCGCAAUACAAUCAAAUCAGAAGUCGUUACAGUGCUGAAGUAAUCGUGAGAGCUGGUACGUUGAAAAUCACUUCACAUGUUGUAUAGAGUGAAUUUUGUAAUAAAAACAUUUAGGUGACUACAACUCAAUGCGGAAAAUUGUAGAGCGAGCCAGAAUGGAAGACCCGGAUCGUCGGUCUGUCGACAACGAGUGCAAAGUAGUAGGAAGUUUUGCGAUUACGGCAGGUAUGAUUACUUUUUUAUCGCAAAAAUAAUGAAGCUUAAGACGGAGAGCCGUUCAUAAUUCACGAAGAGGCGAUGAACAACAAGAAAAUAAUAGUGUUUUCGUCGCCAAAGGGUCUCGAACUGCUCUCGGCGAGCAACGUAUUGUUCGUGGAUGGCACAUUCGACUGCACUCCGACUGGUUUCUAUCAACUGUUCUCUUUCCACGUUUAUGUGAGUCUAUUAUGCAAAAUCUAUAGUAAGAAAACUAUUACAGUUAUCGGAAUCAGUUGUCCGACCCGUUGCGUAUGCCCUUUUACCGUCCAAAGAACUGUCCUGCUACGAAGCAGCCAUCAAAGCAAUUCGUAUUAAUCCGUUGGCUGCGAAUUGGGUUCCCAAACUUUUACUUUGCGGUAAGCGGUUAGAAAAAAUUGUACACGUUGCAGGCGAAAAUAAGUGUUCAGAUUUCGAAAUUAAUAUUCGCCGAGCAUUUGCAUCGCAGUUUCCGAAUAUUCAAAUUCACGCCUGUUAUUUCCACUUGAUGCAAUCGUGGAGACGAAAAGCAACUAAACUGAACAUUUACACGGAUAUGAUGAGCGGUUAGCUUCAUAUCCCGACCGAAAAACUAAUAAACAGUUCAGGCGGAGCUUUGCGACCUUUCUGGAACCUGCUCAGAGCGAUACCCUUUGCAGAAUGUGUGAUAACGGAGUAUUAUUUUCAAUUAAUCACCAAUUCGCUUCCAGCGAACAACAGUGCUAAAGGUAUAAUUUUCGAAAUAAUGUACAAGACUGCAAAUGAAUGGCUCCAAUUGCAGAGUUUAUUGCGUAUCUCGACAAGUAUUACAUCUCUGGAACGGGCGGCAAUCCACCGACAUUUCCACCGGAAAUUUGGUCGUGUGCGGGAUUGUCAGAAAACGCUGUCCAUCGAACGACAAACGCAGUGGAGGUCUGGCACAGAAUGCUAUCUGUAUGUGAAUCGAAACGUAGUUUCAAAAGUUAAAAUUUGAAAAAUAUUCAGUCCGUUGUUUACAUCACGAACGGUCUCCGUCAAGUACGCUUGUCAGACCUUAUUAUGAAGCUCAAGGAAGAAGACGUGAGAACGAAGUGUGACGCCGACGCUCUGAAGAUCAACAAGAACCACCAAGUAUGGUUAGAAGUACGAAAUUUGGAAUGAAAUUUCGCGUUUUUAGGUUUCAUCUUGCCGUAAAACCAGCAAUGUACUGAAAGAUCAAAGGCUCGUCAAAGCUCUCAAAAACAAGCCGACGCCACCUAACCUCCCGUUGACCGGACUCGAUUACCUGCGGAGUAUUUCGUUGGCUAUAAAACCAUGA